AUUUAUUAUAUAAAAACAUGGGAAGACCACCUAGAGCACCAAAGAAGGUAUACAAGAAGAAGGCCGCUGAAGAAAAUAAGGAAGGCGACAACAAGGCUGCCAAGGCUAAGGCCGUCCUGACCAGAGGAAGAUUCUUGAAGGGAAAACAUAAGGUAUGGACUACUGCCACCUUCAGAAGACCAAAAACUUUGGCUCAAUCCAGAACUCCAAAGUACUUGAGACAUAGUACUCUUAAAGCAGGAACUAUCAACAAGUAUUCCACUAUUGAAUACCCACUAGUUGGAGAGUCUGCUUCUAAAUUGAUGGAAGACCAAAACACUCUUGUUUUCAUCGUUAACCUUAAAGCCACUAAGCCAGACAUCAAGAGAACUUUCAAGGAGAGAUUCAACGUUGACAUCAGAAAGGUUAACACUCUUAUCAGACCAGAUGGAAAGAAGAAGGCCUUCAUUACCCUGAAAGGAGAACAAGCAGCUGUUGAGCUCGGAUCUAAAAUUGGUAUUAUCUAAUCAGUGCUUAAUCCACCUAAAAAUCAAUCAUAAACAGCUAUUUUAACGAAGUGUUUAGCAUGCAUGCAUUCAA